AAUCAAAGAAAUAACAUAUUUUGAUAUUUAAUUUCUUUUUUUUUUUAAAAAAAAAAACAGAAUAUCAAUUUCCUUAAUUUUUCUUAGUAUCAAUUCGGACUCCAUAAACAUAGUAAGUACCGACUCCUGCCCUGUCCUGUGUGAUUUUUGUAAUCUCUGAUAUACUCUUUUUCCGCCAUUGAAGUUGACGAACCAUCCCCUUUUUUCUCACCCUAAAAAAUCAGUCAGUACGAUUUCUCCCAAGCACAAGUCCUCCAUUGCUCGAUUUCUACAAUGGACGACAUGGAGCUAGAAUUCUCUAGCCAACAAGUGUUGUCAAGUUCUACUUUUGGUGAAAUUCCAGAAUCAAGCCCCAUGAACAAGCGUUUCAAUGAAAUUCUCACUGACGUGCAUGCUUGUAUUCAUGCCCACACUUGCAAUCCACCUGGUCCUGAUAACUCACACACACACACAUGUUACCAUGUUCACACCAAGGUUGUUACGCCCCCACGUGAUGAUACUACUGCAGAGUCGACAGCAGCAAAUGUAGGAAAGAAACGCUCAUUGAGUAAUAAGGAAGCAGUUCGCAAGUACUGUGAGAAGAAAAAGGCUCGGGUUGCAUCAUUAGAGGAAGAGGUGGUCAGGCUAAGGGAUAUAAAUCAGCAAUUGUUGAACAGGCUGCAGGGUCAAGCUGUCUUGGAGGCUGAGGUUUCCAGGCUCAAGUGCUUGCUUGUGGACAUCCGAGGAAGGAUUGCAGGUGAAAUUGGAUCAUUUCCGUAUCACAAGCCAAUGGAGGGUGCAGACGUAUAUCAGAACCUUCGUGGAACUUAUGUUAUGAACCCUUGCAACCUACAAUGUGAUGAUCAGGUUUAUUGCCUCCAACCGAACUCGGAGGAGUCAAAUGGACAAGGCCUUAAUAGUUGUGGAUUUGAGACUCUUCAGUGUUCGAGUAGUCAGGGACUUAAGGAGGUUCCUGGAUGUGCAUUGGGCUUUGGUACUCCUACAGCCAACGCUUCUCGUGGGAAUAAGAAAAAGAGAACAGGAGGGAAACGUGCACACAAUGGCAAGCCGGUGAACUGCUAGCUUCAGAAGGUGUCGGGUACAUUGUAUUAGGUUUCUACUCCGUCUUUUGGGAUUCUUUCCAGUAUCGGUCUCAUCAUUGCUGAGAUCAAUUUUGCAAUAUUUCCCAGCUCUGCUUCAAGCUGGCAGCCUAAGUUGUGUUUUGGAUUUUUCAGUUAUUUAUUAUUUAUAAUAUUCAAUUUGGCUAGUGGAUAUGCUUAAAUGGAUCGACAUCAACAUAGACAUAGUGAAAUUAUAUAGCGAACCUCAACUUGCUUGAUUGUGGUAUAAUUGUGUUGUUACAAUGGAUUUACCUCAACUUUCUUCUUG